AUGUCGUCUCCAAUCGCCUCCCGUAUCUACGUUGGAAACAUCAAUUUCAACGCCACCGAAGAUGAACUCAAGGAUUACUUCAGCGAGUUUGCCGUGGAGUCUGUCGAGAUCCCGGCCAAGACCAUCACCCGUGGCAAGAAAUCGUUCAAUAAACGUCUAGGGUUUGGUUUCGUGCAGUUUGCAUCGGAAUCGGACGCCGACAACGCCAUCGAGAAGCUCAAUGGCCUGGAGUUCAAGCUGAGGCAGAUUUACGCCAAGAAGGCGUUGCCUCCGGCCACAGAGGAGGAGAAGCGGGAGAAGUCUGCUGCGUUUGUUGCCAAGAAGAAGUUGUUGAAGAAACAAAAGGAGCAGCAGAAACAGCAAAAGAAUGUUGCUGCUGCGGCUGCCGCUACUGCCGCUGGUGCUGAAGAUACGCCUACUGCUACAUCUACGGCUUCUACGACAGAGGCUACUCAAAAUCUGAUCCAGGCAGAGCCAAAGGAAAAGACCGCAAAGAAGCCCAGAGCUCCAAAGGGUUCCAAGGCUCCUAAGACUGCGCAUGCUGGUGUUGCCCACACAAACGGUUCCGAGACCGCAGCCGUGAAGGUUGCCCCCGAGGGAGUCAAGUCUAAAACAACAGUCUUUGUCACCAACUUGGACCACACCGCCACCUCCAAAACCCUUUCAGCCUUGUUCAAGGAUCUCAAGCCUGUAUGGGUCCAUGUUCCUGUCAGAAAGGUUCCAUAUCAUAUCUUGAAGCUCGCCAAGGCUAAGAAGACCCCCAUCUACAACAAGGGUAUUGCAUUUGUCAAGUUCGCAGACGAGAGCGUCCAAUUGAAGGCCAUUGAGGAGUUCAACGGCCACGAGGUCAAUGGAAAGAACAUCGUGCUCGAGGUUGCGAUUGACAAGGAGCACAUCACCACACCAGAUGCAGAGGCCAAGGAUCAACCAGAGGCUCAGGAUCAACCAGAGGCUCAGGAGCCUUCUGCCGCCUCUGUCACUGCUGCUGCUGGAGACGUUCCUGCGGACGUCGCUGCUGCAGCCAGUGUGAUCUAA